AUGGUUGCAGAAACUGAUCCGCUUCUUCCGCAACGCUCGUCUCGCGAAGUGAGCGCACAAAACUCUCCGGACAUGGUUGCAUCGCUCAAGUGGCUCCUGUUUUGCUCGCCGGUCAAUGUGAUGCUUGUCUUUGUCCCGCUGGGCUUUGCAGCUGCGAUGCUACAGUGGGGAUCGCUUGCUAUAUUCAUCCUAAAUUUCCUCGCCAUUAUUCCGCUGGCCAAGCUGCUGGGUGACGCGACCGAGCAGGUUAGUGUCCGCCUUGGCGCGACCAUGGGCGGUCUGCUCAACGCGACGUUUGGCAACGCCGUCGAACUGAUCGUUGCAAUUGUUGCACUGAUUCAGGGCCAGCUCCGUAUUGUGCAAAUGUCGCUGAUCGGAUCGAUCCUCUCCAACAUUCUGCUCGUCCUCGGCAUGAGUUUCAUGGUGGGCGGGUUGUACAAGUCGGAAAAUCAGUUUGCACAGACUCCUGCGCAAGCGUCGAGCUCGAUCAUGACACUUGGGUGCUUUACGCUCGUCAUUCCUGCUGCAUACUGGAAUGCCGUGCAGAACAAUACACCGCCGCAAAUGCCGUCGGAUACUGUCGAGAGUGGCAUUCUGUUCAUCUCGCGCGGCACUUCUCUGAUCUUGUUGCUCAUCUACUGCGGCUACCUCUUUUUCCAGCUCCGCACGCACGCCUAUCUCUACUCUGAAAUAGAGGAGGAGCAAGAGGAGGAGAGCAUGUCGCCCAUCGCGGCGAUUGUGGCGCUGUGCGUGGUGACAAUCAUUACCUCUUUCAACGCAGAUUACCUCGUCUCGGCGAUUGACGACGUUGCUACCCAGUACAGAAUCCCCAAAAUGUUCAUUGGCACGAUCCUUCUGCCGAUCGUCGGAAAUGCGGCAGAGCACGUCACCUCGAUUUGGAUGGCAGCCAAGGACAAGAUGGAAAUUGCGCUGGGCGUCGCCGUCGGCAGUUCGAUCCAAAUCUGCAUUGGCCUUGUCCCGGCACUGGUCAUUGUCGGCUGGAUCGUCGGUCAACCGCUUUCGCUUUACUUCCACAACUUUGAAACAAUUGUCCUCGUCACAUCCGUUCUCCUGGUCAGCAGUUUAAUCCAGGAUGGAAAAAGCAAUUACUUGGAGGGCUCAAUGCUCGUUGCACUUUACAUUGUAAUUAGUCUUUCAUUCUGGGUACAGUAG